GAGAGAGAGAGAGAGAGAGAGAGAGAGAGUUUAUAAAGCAGGACUAAGACACACCGAUUUCUCGCGACAGAAUUCACGGACUCUCCUGUCGGUGGUCACGUGCACGCGUGAAGAAACGAAACGAUUUCUUCACGUGUUUGUUGCCCCCGAGACACCCGUCCAUCACACACUCUCUCUCUCACACACCCACACACACACGCACGCACACACACACUCUCUCUCUCACACACACACGCACACACACAGGCGCGCGCUCGUGCUGGGAUGUGGCGACGAUGGUAUGCGCGAGGCGGAUGAAGACGUUGGCGUCAACGUGCGUGAUCCUCAGCGGCAUGACCAACAUCGCGUGUCUGCUGUACGUCGGCUGGAUCACCAAAUCCGUGCACGAGAAAGAUCCUGAGAGAAAGUUGGAGGAGGAUAAAGGAGACACUCUGCGCAUCAUCGAGAGACUGGAGCGUCUGGAGAACGUGGUCAACUCACACAUCCAAGAGAGACCUCAGAAGGACCGAGACGAUGCAGCUGAUGCUUCUCUCUCAGACUCUCCUCUGUUCUUGCAUUGGGGCCGUGAGCUGGGGCCCGAGAGCCGUCGGGUCGCUCUGCACAAGUUCCAGUAUCACGGAUACAACGCCUACCUCAGUGACCGUCUCUCACUGGACAGAGCCAUCCCUGACCUCAGACCGGACGGGUGCAAAAACAUCUCCUACCAUGCCAGCUUGCCUCAGGUCAGCAUUGUGUUCAUCUUCGUGAACGAGGCUCUGUCUGUGAUCCUGCGCUCCGUCCACUCGGCAAUGCGCUGGACGCCUUCACGCCUGCUGAGGGAGAUCAUCCUGGUGGAUGACAGCAGCAGCAAUGCUGAACUGAGGGAGAACCUACAAAGGUUUGUGGAGGAAACGAACCAGCAGCGUCCCGACUUUAUUAAGAUGGUGCGUCACACCAGGCAGGAGGGUCUGAUCCGUGCCCGUGUGAGCGGCUGGAGAGCGGCCAGCGCGCCGGUCGUGGCUCUGUUCGACGCUCAUGUGGAGUUUAACGUUGGAUGGGCCGAACCCAUCUUGCACAGGAUCCAAGAGGACCGACGGCGUGUCAUAUCGCCUUCGUUCGACAACAUUAAAUACGACACGUUCGAGGUGGAGGAGUAUCCUCUCUCUGCGCACGGCUUUGACUGGGAGCUCUGGUGUCGCUACCUGAACCCUCCCAGAAGCUGGUGGAGUCAGAAGAACCACACAGCCCCCAUCAGGAGUCCAGCUCUGAUUGGCUGCUUCGUAGUGGACCGGCGGUACUUUGAGGAGAUCGGACUGCUGGAUGAAGGCAUGGAGGUCUACGGAGGGGAGAACGUCGAGCUGGGAAUCAGGGUAUGGCUGUGUGGGGGUAGUGUGGAGGUUCUCCCCUGUUCCAGACUAGCUCACAUCGAGCGAGCCCACAAGCCAUACACAGAUGACCUGGCAGCUCACGUGCGCAGGAACGCUCUCAGAGUGGCCGAAGUGUGGAUGGACGAGUUCAAGAACCACGUGUACAUGGCCUGGAACAUUCCUCUGCAGAAUUCAGGAAUCGACAUCGGAGUCAUCAGUGAGAGGAAGCUCCUGAGGGACAGGUUGCAGUGUCGGCCCUUUCGCUGGUUCCUGAAGAACAUUUACACAGAAAUGCGUACAUACGCUGACACCAUCGCUUACGGUGAGCUGAGGAACAGCUUGAGACCAGAUCUGUGUGUGGAUCAGGGUCCGGAUACGGACAACAUCCCCAUCCUGUACCUGUGUCACGGCAUGACGCCUCAGAACGUGUACUACACCAGCUCGGGGCAGCUGCGCAUCGGCGUCUUGAGCCCCACCAUCGACGACAACGAUAAUAAGUGCCUGGUGGAUGUGAACAGGCGUCCGCGUCUGCUGGAGUGCAGCUACGCUGGGAACAAGCACAUGAAGCUCUCCUGGCUCUUCACUCAGGGAGGAUCCAUCCAGAACGCCGAGUCACAGUACUGUCUCGAGCUGGUCCAGAGCAGCGGCGUGGCGGUCGGCUAUCAGCUCGUCCUACAGACGUGCACGACCCAAACGUGGACAAUUACCAACUUUCUGACUACCAAAGUUCUCUGAGGGCACCGAAGCCUGAGGCGCUGCACAUGGAGCUGAAAUUUUCAACUAAGGAACUCUGCUUUUAUAUCGAAAGGCUCAAGUUAGACAUCCAAAUCUUAUAUGCAGUGCAUAUUAGAGGAAUUAAGAUGUUCGAGUCACUGUCUCUGAGGACGCUGAUCAUGUGUACAAACUCGGAAAUAGAUCCUAGAUCAACAUUUGCUUGCUGUCUGAAACCUGUCCAUUUAUUUUAUUCUCUAAGCAUUUAUUCAUACAAAUUAUUCGACCGUCAGAAACAUGGGCUGUAUUUGCAUACUGUAAUCCGAUUGGCUCUGAUAUUUUAUGAUGUAAUAACACUUUCUCAUGACCGGUUUAAGACUGAAGCCGGAUUUGUGUUAUUGAUUGUUGUUGUUUUUUUUUGUCCAGAUUUUUCUGACACAAACAAAAAAUGAUCGUGGCUUGAGAUCAGAGGAAUAAUCUGAGAUGCUCCCUGAGAUCUUGGUAAAAGAGCAAAAACAUUCUUUGUCUAAAUCUUUAACAAUUAAAGGCAGGGUCUCAGAUUUUUGAGAAAUGCUUCAGAAAACCGUGUCGGGCCGAAGGAUAAACAAAAAUCAAAACAAAAAUCAAAACAAACGUGUAGCCAAUGAGAAGAAAGGGG